AUGGAAAGAAUUACUGAGAACAACAACAUCUGGAAGUACGCUAAGUCAAAUUUUAAACCUUUUGCACCACCUUUUAAAGGCUUAACUACACACCAAGGAAAGAUAACAGAUCCAAAGGAAAUUGCUGAUACUCUCGCGAAUCAUUACGAGCAACACUUCUCAACACCUCAACAUGACAUGCGCAAUCAAACGCAUCAACAAGCCAUAGAUGUUUGUAACAACCUGGCAUAUCUACCACCAAUACCUCUAACGCAAAUAAAAUAUGAAGAAGUUCUACAAGAAUGGAAAAAGAUGCUACCCAAAAAAUCGAGCGACAGUACUGGGACAUCAGCUUUCAUUCUAAAAAAACUGCCAAUUGAAUAUCUUGCAACAAUAACCGUAUUAUUUAAUAAAUGUGCAUCGAAUGGCGCAUUUUUUGACGCAGGAAAAAUUGCUAAAACUAUUUGUCUUUCCAAAGAUGGAUUAUACCCUACAGAAAGCAAAUUGCGACCGAUAUCUCUACUGCCCAACCUCGCUAAGUUGUUUGAACGAAUCAUACAUAAGAGAAUAUUACAAUGGUGCCACGACCACAAUAUAGCUGUGGACGAACAAAGUGGCUUCACUAAAGGUAGACGUUUACAAACCAGAAUACUGUCAAUAGUUGAAAAUCUACGACUUACAAUAGCAGCUUGUAAUAGACCUGCACUAACAAUAUUCGUGGAUUUUCUAUCUGCAUUUGAUCGUAUGUGGUACCCGGCCUUAAUUAAAAAUCUACAGGAGCUCGAUAUGCCCAUAGCUUUACUAAAAUGGAUUCACUCAUGGCUACAAAAUAGAUACCUAUAUAUCUCAUAUGGUGAAGCAAAUUCAAGAACAAUCAAGAUGAAUGUCGGUGCUCCACAAGGUUCUGUUCUCGCAGCAACGCUGUUCAAACUACACAUCCACUUCCUCCCUUCAUUUCUAGCUGAAUUCAAUACACACUUGUUUGCAGAUGACUUAGCAAUAGUCAUACCUGGUUCACUUGAAAAGCGCUUCUCACUGAACAUUGAUGAAAUAGAAGAACGCGCAAAAGCGUAUACAUUUCGACGAAACUUGGCUGGGGUCUAUUCAUAA